AUGGCCUUCUCGCGCCACUUGGGAGCUGUGAAGCGGCAGCUCGAUGAGUAUCUGCGGCAGCGGAAUGGGGACGACGACGCCGUGGGCGGCGGGUCGGCUGGGCUCUCUCGGACGGACUUUGACACCGAUUCUUUCUUGAUGUUUCUGGGUCGCUCUCACCCCCACAUUGUUCGGCUGAAGCGCCGCGUGCUGGACAAGCUCUUGGAGACGGCGAAGGCCGAACUUGACAACGAAAAAAGCGCCGGGGGCCUCAUCCCGCAUCCUCAGAAAAGUCAAGCUGCGGCGGAGUCACCUCCCGCGUCCACGAAAGCCAACAAACACACAGCCCCCGAUCGCAAGCCUGUCAAGGCGAGCGCGGCGGCUGAUUCGGAGAUUCAAGCGGGCUGCAGUGACGCUUCUUCAGACUCUUCAGCGUCCUUUCCCGUGGAGGUGAUCAUCGACGAGGACGGCUGUUCAGACAGCGACGCGGCUGAGGAAGACCCGCGCGCCUCUCCCUGCACUCAAGAAAAACGACUCCGCGCGAACGGUGGAGAGGGGCGGCACAGGCCGGCGCCAGCCUCUGCAGGCCCUCGGGAGCGUUCGCCCCUGAACUCGUCGCUGAAUUCUCUGUAUCGAUCGCACGCGAUGGAGACUCAAAAAACUGGUGGGCAGGUGAGCAGCGCAAACGUGCACGCGCAGGAAACUCCUCUGGCGACUGCAGAAGAAGACCCGACAGAAGGGCGAGAGAAAGGAGGCAAGAAAGGAAAGGAGCCGCUUGCUGCAGGAGGAGAGGAGACUGGCACGCCCAAGGGCGAGCGAACCGCCUCUCAGACUCAGCUAAAGAAACGCAAGAGGAGCCGAUCUUUGUCCUCCCACGCGUCUUUUUUGUCCCCCGCGUCUGCCUCUACGGCGCCGGCCGCUGCGUCGCCUUCGGUCCCUGGCGAAGUGCAACCUGUUCCUGCCCCUGCGGAUCGCCUGGGAGACUGCGCGGGCCUCUCCGAGGGGCUGCGGCGCCAGGUGGAAGAACGCAUUUUGCUGCCGCUUGUGCUGAACUCUUUUUUUGAGAAAAAGAGGUCGAGUGAGGCCAGCGAGGACGCCCACGCGCGGGUGACGAGUUCACUUGCAGGCCGGGCCGAAGGGGAGCGAGACGGCCGUGACGCGUCUCUUCAGAUAGAACCCAAGCGAGACCCCGAAGGCGACUGCGACGUCUCGAUGGCUGAGCAAUCCGGCGCGGAAGGACCCGACCCUAAAGAAGCAAAAGCUGUUAACGGCACUCUGCGGCGUUCCCUCUACACGUCUUUGCCUUCAGGGGGUGCGUCUUCGUCACUCUCUGCGCCCAGCGGUCUCCACUUCUCUCGCGGCGUCGUCAUUCACGGUCCUUCCGGCGUGGGGAAGACAAAGCUAGCCUUCGCAAUCGCGGGGGAGCUGAGUCGUCUCAGCAACUUUUCUUUCUUCCCGCUCUCGCUGUCUUCUCUGAUUCAACACAUUCCGCCUUUCCUGUCUACGUCGGCCGCCUCGAGCCCGCCGGACGCUUCGGGCCUCUCGUCUCCUCUUCCACCUCAGUCUGCCUCUGUCUCUCCCUCUGGAUCGCAACUCGCGCCGCCGCCCCAGAACGCGGCUCUGACGCCCGCGAGCAGCGAAGAGAUUCUUUCUUUGAUCUUUGAGAGCGCCAAGGCGCACACGCCGGCGCUGCUUCUGCUGGAGGACAUCGCGGUGCUGAGCGCGGCGGGAAAGGGCUCGACGCGCGGGAAAGACGGCGGAAGCGAAGGCGGUGGCGGCAAAGGCGACGCGGAGAGCGCCAGCCCGCUUGUCCGCGCCCUCGCGCGAGAAAUGGAUGCGCUCACCGGCUUCGACAUCAUGGUUGUAGCGACUUGUAGUCACAUCGACAGCCUCGACACCGCGCUUCGCCGCAGCGGCAGAUUCGACUCCGAGAUCUCCGUUCCUCUGCCGGGUUUCAACGAGCGACGCGAAGUUCUCCAGGCCCUGACGCGGUCGCUGACGGUUUCUUCCUGCGUCGACCUGAGCGCCCUGGCAGACCGCACAGUAGGGUUCGUCGCUGCAGAUCUCCACAGCCUUGUCAAGGAGGCCGUUUACCGCGCAGUUCUCCGCGGUACGGGGCGGCGCCGAAGACAAGAGGCGAUGGGGCAUGCGAGACAGCAGGCGAGCAGUCCCCCGGUACGCAGCGAGGAGAAACGGAUCGAAGCGGGAGCCGAUCUGGCGAACGCAGAGGGAGCUGUGGGCGCAGCCGCGACUGCCAGGGUUGAUAACGUAGAAGCGCGGAAUCGCGAGUCUUCUCACGCAACCAGAAUGAAAGGGGGCGAGGAGCUAGCGAAUCCGGGUUCCGCGUUGGGCGCCGCGUCCGCAUCCUCCAGUUCGGGCUUCUGGCCUUUUCCUGCGUUCGAUCGGCUGGUGCAAACGUUCUCCUCGAGAGCCCAGCCAUGCGGUGCUUCUCAUGCCGCGGAGUCUGGCGACGCGUCGAGCUCUUUGGAGCGCCAAGACGGCGGCCGCGUCCCCUUGGCGAGCGUCUCCUUGUCGCUCGCGUCUGCUUCUUCCGGCGUCGUCUCCCGUAUGUCGUCCGGAUACGGCGACAGCGCUGCCAACGCCGUGCUGACGGACGAGGACUUUGUUCAGGCUUUCCUCUCCUUCACGCCGUCUUUCAAGAAGACUGGCGCGUUCCUGCCGCGGCCCAACGUGCGCUGGGGCGAGGUUGGCGGGCUCUACGAAGCCAAGCAGGAAGUCGAAGAACGCAUUCUGUUCCCGUUGAGCUUUUCUGAUUUCUACGACCGAAUGGGGGUUCGGAAGCCGACAGGGAUUCUCUUGUACGGCCCGCCAGGGUGUGGGAAGACUUUUCUCGCUAAAGCGCUGGCGAACGCCUGCCAGGCAAAUUUCAUUGCAGUCAAAGGCCCCGAGCUUCUUUCGAAGUACGUCGGUGACAGUGAGGCGGCGCUGCGGCGCCUCUUUUCACGGGCUUCGUUCUUUUCUCCCUCGCUCAUUUUCUUCGAUGAAAUCGAUGCGCUAUGCGGCAGCCGAAGCACUGGCGGAAAGAGCGACGGGGGAAACAAAGUCGAGGAGCGGGUGAUUGCUCAGCUGCUCACAGAGCUCGAUGGCAUUAACGACCGUGGAAAAGUGUAUGUUGUGGCAGCGACAAACCGUCCCGAUAUUCUUGAUCCGGCUUUGCUUCGACCGGGACGGCUCGAAGUUCGAGUGUAUGUCCACCUGCCAGACCAGCAGGAGCGCGCAGAAAUCCUUCAGAAGGGCUGGAGGAGACUCCGGAGAGAACAGAAGGAGGAGAGAGCAAGGCGCCUUCAUCAAAGAUCUGAAACCAGUGAAGGAGCAGAAGCCGACCAAAGGGACGAACUGGAAGAAAACGAUCUGGACUUCCACGCCAUCGCGAAAGCCACGGAGAGGUUCAGCGGCGCAGACUUAGACGCCGUUCUCCGGGAAGCCACCUUGUUGAUGAUCCAAGAAGCGAGACAGACAUUCGUCCGCGCGCUGCACCAGUCGCUGAACGAAGACAAAGAGCCGAACUUCGAUCCCCUGAGACUGUCCUUUGACCGACAAGCUAGCCCGUCUUCGGUCGAGAGUGCACGCGGCGGGACGGUGUUGGAGACGGCGGGCAACCGCGGUGACAGGGCGCAAUCUGCUCAUUGGUCUGGUGACGGCAGACCAGCUCAUCUCGGGCGAACGGGCUCCUUCUACGCGGCCGCGAAUGCCGAUCACAUGUGUGUGAAGCAGCACCAUUUGCUUGAGGCUGCUCGACGGAUUACGCCGUCGGUGACGGAAAAGCAAGUCCGUUUCUACGAAGAUUAUCGGGAAAAGCUCAAGAGGGAGAAGUGA